AACUUACAUUAUACCAGAUGGACGAUAAAUAACAAAUAAUAAGUAUUUGCAUAAUUUUCAAGCUACGUGCUUAGUGAUCACAUCUCUUAUCCAAUAAAUAAAUAAAUAACAAUAUCUUGACUCUACUUAGCUUGUUUAGACUGAGUCUUACAUUGGUUCACUUCCUUCUUGUGUGAACGCAAUUUCUCGUUUAACAGUUAUUUUGUAUAUAAAUCCUUCCGAGGUUUUCAACUUUGAUAUCAUGUGUGGUGCAACAGAAUCCGUCAUGGGACUCACUCACUCUCGCCCUCGCUCUCACUCUCAUUCUCAUUCUCAUUCUUACUCGUCUAGUUCUUUCCGUGAUCAAAAUCUGGAUAUGGAAAUGAGUGAAUCAAUCACCACUCAGACGGACGUUUCUUUCAUGCUUGCUAAGCAUGUCUUUUCAAAUGAGAUCAAAGAUGAUACCAAUCUCGUGUUCUCUCCUCUCUCAAUGCAAACAGUACUAGGCCUGAUUGCUGCCGGCGCAAAAGGACCAACUAGGGACCAGCUUCUCUGUUUCCUUAAGUCCAAAUCUAUCGAUGAACUCAACUCUCUUUAUUCUCAUCUUGUCAAUAUCAUCUUUGUUGAUGGCAGCCCCAAUGGAGGUCCGCGUUUGUCUGUUGCUAAUGGUGUUUGGAUCGACCAAACACUGCCUUUUAAGCCUUCUUUUGAAAAGGUUGUGGAUAAAGUGUACAAGGCUACUUCAAAUUGUGUUGAUUUUCAGAACAAGGCUUCUGAGGUCGCCAAUCAAGUCAAUCAGUGGGCUGAAAUGAAGACAAAUGAUCUCAUCAGAGAGAUUCUUCCUCAUGGCUCAGUAAACAGUAUGACAAGGCUCAUAUUUGCGAAUGCGCUAUAUUUUAAAGGAGCGUGGAAUGACAAGUUCAAUGCUUCGGAUACGAAAGACCAUAAAUUCCAUCUCCUUAGAGGAGGGUCUAUUAAAGCACCUUUCAUGACUAGCAAUGAGAAGCAGUAUGCAAUAGCCUUUGACGGCUUUAAAGUAUUGGGACUUUAUUAUAAACAAGGCAGAGAUACGCGCCGCUUCUGCAUGUAUCUAAUUUUGCCAGAUGCCCAUGAUGGAUUACCAGCUUUGAUCGACAAAAUCAGUUCGUCACCAGGAUUUUUAAACCAGCAUGUUCCAUUCAGAAAGGUUGAAAUGGGCAAGUUACUCAUCCCUAAAUUCAAAACAACUUUUGGCUUUGAAGCUUCUAAGGUUCUUAAGGGACUUGGCGUCUCUUCGCCUUUCUCUAGUGGUGGCCUCACUGAGAUGGUGGAUUCCCCUUUAGCUGGAAGGUUGUUUGUUUCACAGAUAUUUCACAAGUCCUUCAUUGAGGUAAACGAGGAAGGAACCGAAGCUGCAGCUGUUACAGCUAGUGUAAUACAGCCUAUGUCAAUUGAAGAGGAAAUCGACUUUGUUGCUGACCAUCCAUUCCUUUUCCUUAUAAGAGAUGAUUCUACUGGUGUCGUGUUGUUCAUAGGGAGCGUGUUGAAUCCUCUAGCUAGUUAAUUUAGCGCAUAUUGCAUGAACAAUAUAAAGGUUUGUAAAGAAGGAUAGUUCUAUAAUGGACAAAGAGAGGUGCUAUGUAUCUAAAUAUCCAGUUUUCUGACUUGUGUCUGUUUGAUGAGGGAGAUGAUGUAUCUAAAUAGUCAGUUUCAUGAUCUGUGUACAAUUUUGAUGAGAGCUUAUUUGUGCUUUAUCUUUGACGUCUCAUGUAAUGACUCGUCUAUGCCUUCAA